GCGGUUAGUCUUUUUAGUUGCAACAGUGUCAGGAAGUCACAAGGCAAAGUAUGAUGGUGUUAACUUCUGAAUUGUUGUUCUUUCUCCUGGCAAAACGGAUUUCAAGCGUUUUGCACCAUUUGGGGUUUCGCUGAUGUAACGUUAGAGUCAGUAGCUCCUGAGAUCAUCUGGACUCCAGUCAUAAUCCCAUGAAUUCAACUGGAUGCUGAUAUAGUGACUUGGGGCGGGGGCUGACACGCGGAUGAGUUGACACGGGAGCCAGGCCAAGUGAUACACCCAACCAAAACAAACGGCGCACGGUAUCCGUUUAAAGCGCCGAGGAGGAGGCGGAGGAGGAGGAGUGCUGGUGGGUCAAGCCAAUGACGACGCCGGAGCCGAAGAGAAGCGGCUUGUCCGCGGUCAACGCCGCCGGCAAGUGCGCCACAUCCGGGUCCGCCGCCGAGCCGGUCGACCACGUCUCGGCCGAGCCGGGCUGUCCGAGCGCCAGACCUACCGUGAUGAAGCAGCCGUCCAGGGAGAGCAUCCACCGGAGGAACACCGAGUGCGAAGUCUACGACGACGGGACCAACACCUUUUUCUGGCGCGCCCAUACUGUGACAGUGCUGUUCAUAUUGACGUGUGUUCUGGUCUACGUCACUCUGUUGGAAGAAACCCCCCAGGACACGACCUACAACACCAAGAGGGGGAUUGUGGCGAGCAUCCUGGUGUUUCUCUGUUUUGGAGUGACACAAGCCAAAGAUGGACCCUUCACCAGACCACACCCGGCUUACUGGAGGUUCUGGCUUUGUGUCGCCGUCGUCUACGAGCUGUUCCUCAUCUUCAUCCUCUUCCAGACGGUGCACGAUGGACGAGACGUCUUGAAGUACAUCGACCCCAAACUUGGGGUUCCCCUCCCGGAGCGCGACUAUGGAGGAAACUGCCUCAUGUACGACCCGGGCAACAUCGACCCUUUCCACAACGUCUGGGACAAGAUCGACGGCUUUGUUCCCGCUCACUUCCUGGGGUGGUAUAUUAAGACUCUGAUGAUCCGCGAUUGGUGGAUGUGCAUGAUAAUCAGUGUCAUGUUCGAGUUCCUGGAAUACAGCCUGGAGCACCAGUUGCCUAACUUCUCGGAGUGCUGGUGGGACCACUGGAUCAUGGAUGUGUUUGUGUGUAACGGUCUGGGGAUCUACUGCGGCAUGAAGACCUUGGCCUGGCUGUCGAUGAAGCCGUACCAGUGGCAGGGCCUGUGGAACAUCCUCUCAUACAAGGGGAAGAUAAAGCGUAUUGCAUUCCAGUUCACUCCGUACAGUUGGGUGAAGUUUGAGUGGAAGCCUGCUUCAAAUCUUCGACGCUGGCUUGCUGUGUUAGGCAUCAUCUUUAUGUUCCUGCUGGCGGAGCUGAACACCUUCUACCUGAAGUUCGUGCUGUGGAUGCCCCCCGAACACUACCUGGUGCUGCUGCGCCUCGUCUUUUUUGUCAACGUGGGCGGCGUCGCCAUGAGGGAGAUCUACGACUUCAUGGACGACCCGAAGUUCCACAAGAAGCUCGGCCAGCAGGCGUGGCUGGUGGCCGCCAUCACCGUGACGGAGUUCCUCAUCGUGGUGAAGUACGAUCCCAACACCAUCAUGCUGCCCAUCCCCUUCUUCAUCACGCAGUGUUGGUUCCUGGGCAUCGUCCUCAUCUUCGUCUGGACCCUGUGGCGGUUCUUCUUCCGGGACAUCACGCUGCGCUACAAAGAGACCCGUCAACGCAAACAGGAAGUCCCCGAGGACAGGGACCGCCCCCUGGGCAACGGCAGUGCGGCCGCCCCGUCUGGGCGGAGCAAACUGAACGGCAGCUCGGAGACGGUGCGGCAGAGGAAGUCCUGAGGACCGGGGGGGGGGGGUGCACUUUUUUUUCUUUCUGAGAAUUGGCCAGUUAUUGUCUUACUACAGGGAUUUACCUCAUUCUGCUUCUGGUGAAAAUUACACACGGACACAUUUUUGGGUUUAUUAAAACAUUAUUUUGGGACGUCGGGGUCAUGAGGGAAAGAAGAAGAAAAGAAGCGUUGAAUCAAAGAUGGAGGAGGAGGGCUAUAGGUGACCAGGGAAGUAGAAGUCGACUUGUGACCAACAAUAGACGGCAGUUUUUUUUCCUCCAUUAUCUGAGUCGCACACGUUAAAAGAGACGAGUGUCUUGCAGAAACAUGGCCGCCACUGUAAAUACGCUUCGCUCUGUCGCCGUCGGUCACUGAUGUUCAGUGACGGGACGUUGGCGACAGGAGAGCCAAUCGGCAGUUAGACUGGACCCUGCUUCAUGACGGUUGUUGUUGUUGUUUUUCCUGGGUCUAGUUUAUAGUUCAGGUUCCGGCCGACGCCUCGACCCUCAAACCAACAUGCACCGUAUUCUGGUUCUUUACCUGCUGUUUAUACUCUGGAUACGGGCUGCAGUUUGGCUGCUAUUUGUCCAUGUUUCCUCGUGUUAUUUUCUUCGUGAUGAAUCGAUUAUGAACACUAGAUUGUACUCUAUUUCCUUUUUGUGAAACGAGGGACUGACUCUAACGAACACAUCCAGGACAAUCACACCUCUAGAAAGACGAGCCGCCGCGGCUCAGGAUGCAGCAAAGUAACGGAGGGCGGAGAUCUGGCCGUUCCUCCGCCGGUUAAGUCACUACAGGCCGUGAAGGUAAUAUCUUUAAUGCCAAAUGCUUCUUUUAUUAUUUUAAUUUAACACGAAUUAAAGAUCUGUCAUUCAUCUGAAUCAGCUGGAAACUACUGGAAACCAGCCUUAUCAUCCGAGUAGGGUUAGGUUAAGGUUUAUGUGAUCCAUCCUCUUCCCGCUCUGUGGAGUUUAGAUCCCUUUCUGGCUGAAGCCAUAAAAGCCACUCAGACGGCUGUGAAACCGUUUAUAUUCCUUCUCAUUCCAACUCGAGCAGAGUCCCCAAAGCCGUCAGGAUCAUGUCGGCGUCCAGUUUUAUUCUCCAAAAAAUCUCAGCGGUCAUUUGGCCCAUCGAAGCCAAACGUCCUGGUGUCCAACAUGCGGCGCCUCCACGUCUCAGUCAGUUCCACUUACAUACUUGUUAAAUGUAUCAAUUGACUGAGAAUCAAACGGGAUAUUUGAGGACUAUAGAUCAUGAAAUGGAAAUUGUCCUUUUUAAAUUUAUAUACAAACAAAAUUAGUUUAGAAAAUAAUCUAUAGAUUAAACGAGGAUUAGCUAGUUGCAGCCUAAAAUGUUACAAAUGCUCCCCAAAAAAAAAAGGAACGCCGAAGUCCAACUGAAGAUAUAAAUGUGUUUUAGCCCGGUUGGAUAUUCCGGCCCCAGAAAGCUUUAGUCUCCGUCCUGUCGGGGCCUCGUGGCAGUUAGUCGGCUGUCGGCUUCUGGGCGUCACUUGUCGUCCCAGACGGCGUCUGAACCGCUCCAUCGUCGUCCUGUCGUAAACUAUGAUGAUAUAGUAAUGUUCUCGUGAAUGUCAAACGAGAGCGCCUGUUUAUUACGGAUCCGUUCAUUUUACUUUGUGUCCAUGCUUGAACCAACCCGAGUCAUGAAUUUGCACAUCAGGUCUGAAAUGACAGAAUAUGGAACUCAGAAGCUGAAUUCUUAAUGAGCGGUGGAAGAGAAAUGGGACGUCUCCUGUUUGUCAGUGUAGUUCCGCCUGCGGCCACACGGGGGCGACGUCUCCUCGACAUCAUUCAAGCAGCUUGCUGUAAAAGCCAUUUUCAACUUGCGUAAAUGUGAACAUCAUAAAGAUCUUAAAACUGAAAAAUGCUGCUGCAACACAUCAUUUUAUAAUGUUUUCAAUAAAAUAAACUGAAAUCUGA